UCACAUCCCGUGCCAGAGACCCUUGCGUGACCUUUGGCCCGGCGGUUGAAGGCGGUUUGUUGAUCGGUUGGUGCCAUGGCGGGGAUUAAAGCGUUGAUCAGCCUAUCAUUUGGCGGUGCCAUUGGACUGAUGUUCCUGAUGCUUGGAUGUGCCCUUCCAGAGUAUAACAAAUACUGGCCAUUGUUUGUUCUUUUCUUUUACAUUCUCUCUCCAAUCCCAUACUACAUAGGAAGGAGAGUAGUUGAUGACACUGAUGCAGCAAGCAGUGCAUGUAAAGAACUUGCCAUAUUUCUCACUACAGGCGUAGUCGUCUCAGCAUUUGGGUUGCCUAUAAUUUUUGCAAGAGCACAACUGAUUCAAUGGGGAGCAUGUUCUCUGGUGCUAACGGGCAAUGUAAUCAUCUUUGCCACCAUUCUGGGAUUUUUUAUGGUUUUUGGCACGAACGAUGACUUCAGCUGGCAGCAGUGGUGAGAGAUACACAUGCCAACAGUUGCUGGAGGGGAGAAUGUUUGCAUUCUAGAAUUCAUCCAAAAAAAGACUGCAAUAACAUCAACUAACGACCAACGCCAGAUAUGCUGAGUUGUUACGUUUUCCAUUGACAUUUGAUAGUCUGCACUAGUGUGCAUUUAUAAGUGACUGCAUCCUUCUUUGUUAGCCUAAAUAUUAUCUUCAUAUCAAGAUAGUUUGAUUUUGCAAUUCCUACUGGUGCAACAUUAAUAACCAUAUCAAAAAAUUGACAAAAUCAAUUGCAACUUUGUAAGAAAUUUUUUGAGAAGAAACAACUGUUUGAUUUGUUAUUUUGUUAGCUUUGACGCAAAGCUUUUAUAAACUAACAAAAGUGAUUUAUUCUCUUUUAAAUCAAAGUAUUUGCUGCCUUUUGUGUUUCAGUGUAUACACGUGGUGCUUGUAUGUACAGUAAGAUUUUAGUGCGAGAUUGUAAAUUUGGUUCCAGUGUUGCAAGCUGUAUUAUAAUUGACCUUUUACUGUGUACUUUUUUUAAUGCAAAAAUUCAGUAUCAAGUCUGAAAACUGAAACUAGUAUAUUGUACUUGUGUUUUCAGUUGGUGAAUUGAUUAUUGUUGUCGUCAUCAUUCUCAGCAUAUUUAUGAAAGGAAGUGUUAAUC